CCUGGGAGAGGAACCCAUGGCCACACCACCGUCGAGAUUGAACGGCGGCAUUACCAUCCAAUGCGCGAGCGACAACGCCUUGGCCCAUGUCGAUGAUUCGCGCGCGGCGCGCAAAAUCAAGGUGUUGCAAAGUUGAGAGGCUGGGUGUUAGCCACACCAGCCUCCCCGCAAUUCGCUGGCCAUAUACGCGCGCCCGGCCCACACGUCAUGCUGCUGCCCACCACGAGUCGUUCCUGCACCGCUGCGUUGUACUUGCGAACGAGCUCGAGCAAGCUGCAUCCCGGUCGGCGCCUUGAAAAGCCUUAAAAACUUGCCCCGUCCACGUUUUCCUGCGCGCAGCCGUCUUCUGUCUUGCACCUCACCACGCUGCUGCUUUGGGCAACCCAGCACUCCGACUGACCGACCAACCACACAAGGCCCUCCACUCCAGCCAGACACCGCCGCCAUGUCGAUAUCCGGUCUGUCCUUCGUCUUCUGGCGCAUCUUCCAGAUCGUCACGCUGAUCCCGGCGCUGGGCAUGCUCGCCUGGUUCGUGGCGUGGUACGACGACCGCAACCUGCUGACGCCGCGCUCGAUCCUGGUGCUGUUCAUCGUGUCGGUGCUCGGCGCCGCGUGGGCCAUGGGCACGCUGUUCCUGUACUCGCGGGCGCGCCACUCGGCCAAGUUUGUGGCCUUUGUCGACCUGCUGUUCGUCGGCGCCUUCAUCGGCGGCGUGUACUGCCUGCGCGGUAUCGCGGACGCCGACUGCUCCAACUGGUCCGCCAACGGCUCGUACAGUGCGGAUCUGGGCCUGUUCAACAUCUCCGGCAACACGUACAGUCUGAACAUCGACCGGCAGUGCGCGAUGCUCAAGGCGUCGUUUGCGUUUGGCAUCAUGAACUGCAUCUUCUUCUUCAUCACCUGCCUGCUCGCCCUCCUCGUCGCGCGCAACCACCACAACAGCCGCGACCGCGUGGUCGUGAAGCGCGAAGUCCACCGCUCGCGGCACCACCACUCGCGCAGCCCGCGCACGUCGCACUCGCGGAACAGCUAUAGCCGGAGGAGCUAUGUGUGA